GCCCGGGCGCGCACGCUUAGUCUUGGGACCCGGUAGGCCCCGGACUCGGAACUUUUGCUGGAGUAGCGGACAUGGAUGGUCGUGCCCGCGGGUCUGCGCGUGCCGUGCUUGCCUUCCUGCUGGCUCCCGCGCUGGUGGCCUUGUUGGUGACACCAGCGCGGGGCCGAGGCGGGCAGGGCCACGGGCACUGGGACGCCACCGGGCUGCUGCCGCCGCUCCCGCCCCGCGAGAAUGCGGCGCUUGUGGCCCGCUUCGUGACGAACCUCUGCGACUGGGGCGCGCUGGCCACCAUCUCCACGCAGGAGGGGGUGCGGGGCAGGCCCUUUGCCGACGUCUUAUCUCUCAGCGACGGCCCCCCAGGCAAGGGCACCGGCGUCCUGUACUUCUAUCUGAGCCCGUUGCAGCAAUCAGUAGACAACUUGCAGGAUAAUCCAUAUGCUACGCUGACCCUGUCUUUGGCAGAGACUAGUUUCUGCAGGAAAUAUGGAUUUGAUCCUCAAAGUCCCCUCUGUGCUCACACUAUACUAUCAGGAACUGUUAUCAAGGUGAGUGAAGGUGAAAUGGAUGUUGCAAAGAAUUCAUUAUUCAUUCGACACCCUGAGAUGAAAACCUGGCCAUCCAGUCAUAAUUGGUUCUUUGCUAAGUUGAAUAUCACGAACAUCUGGGUCCUAGACUACUUUGGUGGACCAAAAAUAGUGACACCUGAAGAAUAUUAUAAUGCCACAUUUCAGUGCGGCCCUAAAAGGACGAAAAAGAGAAAAAAAGAAAAGUAAGAAACUUGCCUAAAGUCUACAGCCAGUAAGUGAUGGUAUUGGGAUUCAAACCCCGGCAUUCCAGCUCCAGAGCCCUCACUUUGCUUCUUAUUGGAACCUCAUGCUGCCAUGCUGGUGGUUACCUCACCAGCAGCUGGCCACGCUCCAAUUCCAGUGUAAUGUAAACACUUUCUUCUUGUAACAGACUGACUGCUCUCUGUGGAGACUGGGGUGACGAUGCUAAGCUAGAUGUGUAGGUUGUAACUCAGGUUUGCAUUUAAAUUCUCAGCAUUUUUUUGCCCUGUCUUAUUCUAUUUAACAACAGUUCUGUGGUGAACUAGUGACUUCCCACCAUGAUUGUAAAUCUCUUCACAGUAAAAGCUCAGGUUUUAGUUUUAGUUUUUCAUUCCAAACUGGACCUAGGACAGUGUAUGGUACAGAGCAGCUGUUUCAUAAAUACUGGCUACUUGUCAGGCUGAUCCUUUGAGACAAAAAUGCUCAACUUCUUUGAAUAAAGAAUCCAAGAGUCAUAGUGUUUAUUCUGCUGCUGUGUACACAGGAGAAGAGGCCUGGGCCAGUGUUUGUCUUCUGAACGUGAAAAGCCAUCUUGCUUUAUAGGAAGACAGAGGUAGCAAUUACAACAUUAUGGCCAGGCAACAAAUUACCAAGGAGGACGUCCAGUAAGCUGACAGGCUCGCUCUUAGAGGUUAAAGUUCAUUUUUACAGGACGUAUCAAUCUCUGAAGCACAGUUAUCUUCAUAUAAAUAACAUGCCCAAGGGCAAUGCUUGCUUUAAUAGCAAAAUAAAAAUGGGGUUUUCCCAUAAGUCUCCAUGGUGAGUGAGUAAAAUAGAAAAGUUUGAGGUUCCCACUUUAUUAACACAGAUGAGAGGGCCUUUUCUGCUGCUCAGAGAUAAGAGGGAGCACUCUCCUGUCCUUUUGAGAGGAGGCCAGAAGACUAGACCUGGGUAUGGGCCCCUCCUGAGACAGGACACCGGAAUCCUCAGAAUGGGCAGUUCCUUGAAGAUGACCUUCCAGAACGGGUGCCUCUGACAACUGUCCAUUUCAGAGCCUAGGUGGGACAGAGUCACUCCCAUCCCACCUGGUGUGCCACAGAACUAUUUCGUAGCCUGAGAGAGUAUACAGUAGUAUCUGUAAGGGUCAGUGGCCUGCACAUUUUUGGGGGAACCACUCCUGGGGGCCACACAGGCAUACUGGAGCUUCCCCAAGUGGCAGCCACCUUGCCUGGUUUGCCUAGAUUGGUUUUGGAAGAUAAUAUUUCUCCAAACACCACACAACUGUCUGCAUCUGGAACCUGUCUCACUCCAGUGGAGUCUUUUGAGAAAGCUUCAACACCCAGGUCAUUUGGCAGGGCUAACUUGGAGCCUAACUGAAUAUGGUUUGCCUUGCUAGGCUGUUGGGUCGAGGCUCCAUGAGCAUAUUUGGAUAUUGAGGGGAAGGUUGAAAUGUUUACUGGAAGUAUUUGCAGACAUGCUGGAGAAAGCCGUUCUCAUGAGUAUCAGCCAUUGCCUCCUCUCACUGAAGUCUGAGCAGCAGGCCUCUGGGGCAUCCUGUGUUCCCUAGUAAGGAUAGAGGGAAUGAGAGGUCACAGAUUACAAACUUGCCUGCUCUCCCUUAUCUGGAGAUGGAUUUCCUGAUGGCCACGUUAGGACUGCAACAGGAAGAUGGAUUAAGGUCACCUCCCUGGCUAGGUGCUGGCUGAUUACUGCUUUUUUGCCUUAAUGUUCAGGACCUCUUUGUCUCAACUGUUUUUAUCUUUGAAAC